AUGCUCGCAAGCGGCGCCGAUUUUUGUUGGGCUGCUUCGAGCACGGGCAAAGCCUCCAGCCAGCAUCACUGCGGUUACUUUCCAGCACUGGAUGCUCGCUCGUGGCUGCUUCGAGCACGGGCAAAGCCUCCAGUCAGAAGCACUGCAGGCAAUUUCCAGCAGCAGACGCUCGCACGCGGCGCCGAAACAUGUUUUGCUUGCAUCCGCCAUCCUCAACAGUUCUCCCUUGCCUCCGCCGUCUUCCCCCUGCGCCCUUUUUUGGCUAGCUUCGGGAUCACGAGGUUCGUAGCGCUGGUGCUGGCGCUCUUCGGCGUACCCAAUACCCUCCAGAAGCGCGCUUCAGACGUUAAUGUUCCUAUCUUCGAUGCUUUCUCCCCCUCUCGUCUCCCCCUCUCCUGCCCAGGGCCUGCUUUUGUCUUGAGACACGUUUUUUACUUGAGAUCAGGGACUGUCACAUAA